UUCUUCGGCCUCUGCAUCUCACCGUCUCAGAGAGCGACUCUCUCUCUCUCUCUCUCUCUCUCUCUCUCUCUGUGCCCUGUUUUCUGAGAUCGGAAAAAGAAAGACGGAAAAAGAAGAUGCUUUUGCGGAGUGCAUCAACACCAGUCCUCAACUCAUGGGCGCCCCACACGGACUCCUUGCCCGUGCCCGAGGCCGUCCACCCCAUGAACCGCACCCGGUCCCUCUCGCUGACCGCCUCUUACUCGCCCGUCGAGGACUUCGCCAGCAAGAGAGUCGCCAGGGUCCGGUCGGAGUCGAACCUGCACGACAUCCCGGUGCCGAAGAGGAAGCCGAUCGCGGGGCUCCUUAAUGGCCUCGCGCUGGAGGAGGAGAGGGAAGAGCUGGGGUUCGGUGGGGCGGUCCCCGAGGAGUGCCAGAUCCGGGUGGGCGACGCUGGUUUCUUGAGCCUUCUGGUCGGCGGCGACGUCGGCGGCGCCGGGGGUGGCAAGAUUUGCGGCGGGGGAGGGAGCGGUGGCGGGAGUUCGGACGGCGGUGACGGCGGGGGGAGGUUCGAGGAUUGGGAUGCGAAUCGCGGGAAGGAGGGCACGGAUUCGUACUAUAAGAGGAUGAUUGAGGCUGAUCCUGGGAAUGCCCUCAUUCUUAGCAAUUACGCGAGGUUCUUGAAAGAGGUUCGAGGUGAUUUCGACAAGGCCGAAGAGUACUGUGGGAGAGCAAUUCUAGCGAACCCGAAAGAUGGAAACGUCCUGUCCAUGUAUGCAGACCUGAUAUGGCAGAGCCAUAAGGACUCGGAACGUGCACAGAAUUACUUUGAUCAGGCCGUUGAAGCCGCCCCUGAUGAUUGUUAUGUUAUGGCUUCGUAUGCUCACUUCUUGUGGGAUGCCGAAGAAGAAGAAGAAGAAGAAGAAGGCGAUGACAAUGAAGAGGUUAGGGACGAUACCAUGACAGCGUCGCCUCCAAGUUUUGUCCGAGGAGCUUCUCAAUUGCCUCCUCUAGCUGCUGCAUCUUAAUAUGGCCCUCCUAUCUCCAUGUUUUUUUCCCUUUCCCCGUGUAAAAAUAGCCCUUAGAUAUCAAGUUUUGACCUCUGUUAAUAUCCUUAUAUGACCUAAUUAACUCGGCACCUCCUCGGAUUUGUUGUAAAGAAGAACAAUGUAGAGAGAAAAUAAUCAAUGACAUGAGUUUUUACCAAUGUUCA